AUGUUCUCCAGGGGGAUCUCUUCAGCCGAGUGCAGCACAUGGUAUGCUGUAUCCCUUACUAUAACUGUUGCUGUGGUCGCAGUGAACCUCCUAUCAAUUAUUCUUUUUAUAAAGAACAGUAAUCUUCGCACUCGUGCCAUGUACUUGGUUAUAAACUUGACCGUGGCUGAUGUGUUUGUUGGUGGAGGAGCCACUUUCGCUAUAGUAUUUCAUUUCCUCCUCUACGGUUGCGAAGUUGGAAAUAAAUUCAGAUUCCGCUCUAAACAGUUUCUUACUGCGCAGGAAUGGCAACCUUUUCUUGUGCUUCUCAUGAUCGACAUCUGGCUUUCUCUCACCUCGGUAGCAGGCAUUGCAGUAAUUUCUUUAGAUCGGAUGCAUGCGACGUUUCGUCCAUUUAGGCAUCGCAACAUCAAAAAAUGGGCCUACGGGGUAGCAAUUGGUGGCGUCUGGAUUUUAACUGCAAUGUUAAUUCCCUUUCCGUUAACACGUCUGGAUGGAAACUUACACUCGUACUUAUGG